AUGGGACAAUAUACUGAAUUUCAGCGGCCUCCGAAUUAUUUGAGACAUCUCAAUCAAUACGGAUUCGUAGAUUUCAAUGAAGAUUUCGAAUUCGGAGAUACGAUUAUCAUAAAUGUGUAUCCUUAUGAAAAUUGCAAUAUAAUGCGAAAAAGUAAAAUGAAUUUUGGAUAUUCGCCAACCUAUGAAUUGUAUGCGGAUCCUUCAACUAUCCAGCACAAUUCUGUCUAUAUAAAGAUACCAAUUCGAUUGCCAUAUCGAACAAAAUUGGCUGAUCCACUUCGAUUUAUUGACGGACCAAAUGAACGAGCUGAGCGAUCAUUGGUGAUAAGUAGUGUCGAAAUGAGUGUCGGCGACAACUUCGAGAACACUGUCGACUUCGCUGUUGUCGAUUCAAAUGUUAAAAUUUACAAUGUGCGAUGGUUCUCGACGCGCACCGUAAAUAAGCAUACUUGUGGAUAUCGGGCAUUCGAAGCAAAUCAGGUCUAG